GUGUCGUCCCCAAUUAGACGUAUGCCCAGUGUUUUCCCUCACCGAGGUCCAGUUCCAUCUCCCCCAAUGUCUUCCUCUUCAUCAAUCUCUCCUUGAUUCGCCUUUCAAUUUUCUCAUUUGGAGAUUUUGAUCCCAUGUAUUAUUGUUGAUUUGUUUCUCUAAUUCUUAAUUUUGGGAAAAAAAAAAAUCGAUUUUUGAUUCAUUUUCAAUCUCUGCAUUGGCAUACCUCAUAGUUAAAUUAGGGUUAGGGUUUGUUUAUUUGGGAAGGAGAUGGAGAAGAAGAAAGUGUCAGUGCCUUUGGUUUGCCAUGGCCACUCCCGCCCCGUCGUGGAUCUCUUCUACAGCCCCGUUACGCCGGAUGGCUUCUUCCUCAUCAGCGCCAGCAAAGAUUCGAGUCCUAUGCUGAGGAAUGGAGAGACGGGAGAUUGGAUUGGGACUUUUGAAGGACAUAAGGGUGCUGUUUGGAGCUGCUGUCUUGAUACUAAUGCUCUACGGGCUGCUUCGGGUUCUGCUGAUUUCUCAGCUAAAGUAUGGGAUGCGUUAAGCGGAGAUGAGUUGCAUUCGUUUGAGCAUAAGCACAUUGUUCGAGCAUGUGCAUUCUCUGAGGAUACGAGCAUGUUUCUGACUGGAGGGCUUGAAAAAGUUCUACGUAUUUUUGAUCUAAAUCGUCCCGAGGCACCUCCAAGGGAACUGGACAAAUCACCUGGGUCUAUUAGAACUGUAGCUUGGCUACACAGUGACCAGACAAUUUUGAGUUCUUGCACUGAUAUUGGUGGCGUGAGACUGUGGGAUGUAAGAAGCGGAAAAAUUGUUCAAUCACUUGAGACCAAGUCACCUGUCACCAGUGCUGAAGUUAGUCAAGAUGGCCGAUACAUCACAACUGCAGAUGGUUCAACUGUCAAAUUCUGGGAUGCCUAUCAUUUUGGACUUGUGAAAAGCUACAGCAUGCCUUGCACUGUAGAAUCUGCUUCCCUGGAGCCCAAAUAUGGUCUCAAAUUCAUUGCUGGAGGGGAAGAUAUGUGGGUUCAUGUCUUUGAUUUCCACACUGGUGAAGAAAUUGCUUGCAACAAAGGUCAUCAUGGACCUGUCCACUGUGUUCGGUUCUCUCCUGGUGGUGAAUCAUAUGCCUCGGGAUCUGAGGAUGGCACCAUCAGAAUCUGGCAGACAGGCCAUACCACCCUCGACGAAAAAGAGCCAUCAACUGCAAAUGGUCCUACCAGUAAAGUGAAGGUUGCUGUGAAUGAUGUGGCCAGAAAGAUCGAAGGCUUCAACAUAAGCAAGGAUGUUCAGACUGAAACUAAAGGAGAGAGGUCAACAGAUUCCUAAUACUUUUCUUUUGGCAUGAGUUUUAAGGUGUUAUUAGAAGUCCAUAGUGCUCUCCAACUCUUUUUCUCAGCCUAGUGGUUUCAUGUGCUUAGAUUGUCAGUUCUCCUCUUGGAAAUAAAACAUAAGCUUUUUUGUUGUUGUCUGAUUUUUAGUCCUGGCUCUCUUUGUAUGAUCUUAAUUUAAAUGAUGGAAUAGCAUGUACUCAAAACUGGCAAAGUGGUUAUGAAUGGCUGUUUUAUUUUGACUAUAUGAA